AUGGGCUUCGCCAGACUCUUCAACUCUCCUCUCAAACCGCUGGCGGACCUUGACCCCGUCGUGGUGACAUUCUGGUACAGGGCCCCUGAGCUUCUGCUAGGGGCCAGACAUUACACCAAAGCAAUCGGUGAGUCGUUAGCCUUAAGGCAAGAGGUACAUGCAUCAAAAUACGUUUCAGAUAAAUUAUUAUGUAACCUGAUUUAUUUUCAUACAGAAGGUACAGACGUUGAAAGAAGUUUCAGAUAAGUUAUUGUGUAACCUGAAUUAUAUUCAUACCUAACACAUGCUUCCUAUUUUGUAACCAAAGCGCAGAGAUUAGAUGGAAAUGAAUUGAAAACCAACCAGCACAGGCAGGCCAGUAGAACUUUGCUCUUUGAUUGUUUACUUAGACAGUAUUUGCAUUUACUCUCAUUACUGUAUGCCAGCCUCAGAGCCAUAUAUGGUCCUGUGUGGCUCAGUUGGUACAGCAUGGCGCUUGCAACGCCAGAGUUGUGGUUUCGAUUCCCACGGGGGACCAGUAAGAAAAAGGACGAAAAAUGAAUGCACUCACUAUUGUAAGUCACUCUGGAUAAGAGUGUCUGCUAAAUGACUAAAAUUUUAAAUAUACAGCUCUGGUCAGACUCAGCCUCAGUAUACGUGGACAUUCACAGAUACCAUGUGGGUGUCGUUGACAGCUAGGGCCUGACAAGCAGUGUGAUACAUGGUCUUUAUCUGUAUGAGGGGUAUGUCUUGUUGUGUAUAAUUAGCUAGACGACAUCCCUAGCAACACGCAGGCUCAAACACUCUUACAUUCCUAUUUAUAAGGCCAUUUUAGGAAUACUGCCAUUUUAUCUAUCCUCUCUUCUAGCUUGAAAUGAAAAUGCAUACAUGCUCGGAUCUCAGUCUUGUUUUAUGCUAAGAGUCCCGAAAAUUAGAACCGAGCAUAGAAAAAGGUCAUUUUAUUACUCAGCCCCCUGGUCUUGGAAUUCCCUCCAAGCCAACCUAAAACUAAAGGACCUGUGUCCAUGGGGGAGUUCAUAGUCCAAAUAGAUGAACAGGUUGUUGAGACAGUCACAACUUUGCUUUGCCCUAUGGAAGGAAGCAUGUUGUUUUACAGAUUCAUUGUAUUAUUUCACACACACCACACACAUGCCUGCAUGCACACACACACAUCCACUGUUUCUUUGCUGUUGUAUUUGUACUGUUGCUGUGACGAGUACUGAGUAUACGAAGAGGCAGGAUGCAGACGCAGGAAUUAACAAGGUCAAGGUUUACUUAACAAAGAGAAAUAACAAAGAUAGCGUAAACAACACAAAGCUAAACAAUCACUCACAACAUCAUCCAGAACAGUCCAGGGCUAAAUAGGUGUGGUGAUGAGAUGAUGAGGUGCAGGUGCGCUGGAGGUGAUUAGGGUGCGUUGGGUUUCCAUUCAGGUGUUGCGCUCAGACCGGUGGCUCAGUAGACCAGAAUGCCGGAGGGGAGUAACGGGAGGAGACGUGACAGUCCCCCCCCCCCCCCCUGGACGUGCAGCUCCAGCCGCUGGAUGUCGCUGGCCAGGAGGACGACCCCGAGGACGAGGAGCGGGCUGGUCAGGGCAGCGACGGUGGAAGUCCCGAAUUAGGUUGGGGUCCAGAUCGUCCCCAGCUAGAACCCAGCUCCUCUCCUCAGGACCAUACCCCUCCCAGUCCACCAGGUAAUGGAGCCGUCCCCCACGGAACCUGGAGUACAGCAGGUCGCUCACCGCAUAUGCCGGACUCCCGUCAAUGUCCAGGUGCGGAGGAGGCGUACCCCGGGGGACGGCAUCCGCCAGAGGACCAGGAACCACCGGCCUGAGGAGAGACACAUGAAAAGUGGGUUAGACACGGUAGUGAGGAGGAAGGAGCAGCCGGUAUGAUACCUUAUUUAUCCGCCGGAGGACCUUAAACGGCCCCACAAGCCGGGGGCUCAGUUUCUUCCAGGGCAGGCUGAGAGGGAGGUUUUUUGUGGACAGCCAGACACGAUCCCCAGGCUGGAAUACAGGGGCCUCAAUGCGGUGGUGGUCGGCUUGGUCCUUCUGCCGACGAAUGGCCCUCUGGAGAUGGACAUGGGCGGCGUCCCACACCUGUACGGCCCUAUGGAACCACUCAUCGACAGCGGGAGCAUCGGUCUGGCUGGGUGUCCAAGGGGCCAGGGCUGGCUGGUACCCCAGGACGCACUGGAAGGGAGUGAGCCCCGUGGAGGAGUGAACGAGGGAGUUCUGGGCAUAUUCUGCCCAGGGAAGAAACCUCGCCCACUCACCCUGCCGGUCCUGACAGUGGCAACGAAGAAACCUCCCCAGCUCCUGGUUCAUGCGCUCCACCUGCCCAUUCGACUGAGGCCUAUACCCAGAAGUGAGGCUGGCCGUGGCCCAGAUCUUCUCCAGGAAAGCCUUCCACACUCAGGAGGUGAAUUGGGGUCCACGGUCCGAGACGAUGUCCUCCGGAAGUCUAUAAUGCCGGAAGACCUGUUGGAACAGGACCUCAAAGACCUGGAGAGCAGAAGGAAGACCAGUUAGUGGCAAAAAACGGCAUGAUUUGGAGAACCAAUCUACGACCACCAUGACUGUGGUGAAGCCGUCAGAAUGUGGAAGGUUGGUGACAAAGUCUAUGGAUAGGUGUGACCAAGGUCGCUGAGGCACUGGGAGAGGAACUAGUUUGCCUGCCGGGGCGUUCCGAGGUGUCUUCGUUUGGGCACAUACGGAACAGGAGUUGACAUAGUGGGAGACAUCAGAAGCCAAGGUGGGCCACCCGUAUUUUUGGGCCAGAGAAUGCAGGGUGCGCGUAAUACCAGAGUGUCCUGCCGUAAGGGUAGUGUGCGCCCAAAUCAGCAGGCAGUCACGGACACUGGUGGGUACAUACACGCGCCCCGGAGGGGCGUUGGCAGGUGCUGGGUCCUCCUGAGCCGCCAGGCGAAUGUCUUCGUCCACAUCCCAAACGACAGGUGCAAUGAUGAGAGACGAGGGCAGGAUAGGACCCCCCAGAUCCUUCCUUUCUCCGGUAUGGUGGAUCCUGGAGAGUGCGUCGGCCUUCACAUGCUGGGAUCCUGGGCGGUAGGACAGAAUGAAUUGGAAGCGAGUGAGAAAUUGGGCCCACCUAGCUUGACGAGAGUUCAUCCGUUUCGCUGCCCGUUUGUGCUCCAAAUUCCGGUGGUCAGUAAGAAUCCGGAAUGGAUGUACUGCGCCCUCCAGCCGGUGUCUCCAUUCCUCCAGAGCGAGGACCACCGCCAACAGCUCCCUGUCUCCAACUCCAUAGUUCCUCUCUGCGGGGGUAAGCUUUUUAGAGAAAAAGGCACAGGGAUACAUUUGCUCUGGCUUACCGUGCCACUGAGAGAGGACCGCACCCACGCCCUUCUCCGAUGCGUCCACCUCCAGGAUGAAAGGACGAGAUGGAUCUGGGUGUUUUAGGAUGGGCGCGGUGGUGAACCUCUCCUUCAGCCUCUUGAAGGCAGCGUCAGCCUCAGGGUCCCAGGCCAGCUUCUGAGACCCACCCUUAAGGAGAGAGGUGAGCGGGUCGGCUAUGGAGCUGAAGGACCUGAUGAAACACCGGUAGAAAUUGGCAAAGCCCAGGAAGCUAUGUAGGCCCUUGAUGAUGGUGGGAACUGGCCAUGACCUGACGGCGUCCGUCUUCACUCCUUCCAUGAACACCCUGUGAGGACUGAUCCUGUAUCCCAGGAAGGAGAUGGCCUGUUGGUGGAAUUCACAUUUCUCCCCCUUCACCAACAGGCUGCUCGAACGUAGCCGAGUAGAUCACGAUAUCGUCGAUGUACACCACCACCUGUCUAAUAAACACGUCAUUGACGAAGGACUGGAACACAGAAGGUGCGUUGGCGAGGCCGUAGGGCAUGACGCAGUAUUCAUAGUGGCCUGAGGUAGUGCUGAAUGCCGUCUUCCACUCGUCUCCUUCCCGGAUUCGGAUCAGGUUGUAGGCACUCCUCAGGUCCAACUUGGCAAAGUACCGGGCCCCUCGUAGCUGCUCGAUGGCCGACGGAACCAGAGGGAGGGGGUACUGGUACUUGGUGGUGACUGUGUUCAGCACCCCUGUAGUCAAUGCAUGGUCUCAGUCCGCCGUCUUUUUUGGCCACGAAGAAGAAGCUGGCAGAGGCAGGAGAGGUAGAGAUUCUGAUGAACCCCUGUUUCAAAGGUCUCCGCCACAUACUUCUCCAUGGCCUCAGUCUCCGCCAUGGAAAGGGGGUAAAUGCGACUCUUCGGGGGGUGUUGUCCCUCCAGCAGGUCAAUGGCGCAGUCCCAGGGCCUGUGAGGAGGGAGACACAUAGCAUUUAAUGAAGAGAAGACAUCGGAGAGAUCUGCAUACUCACGUGGAAUGUUGGGCUGGAGGGCGGACUCCGGACUCUCCGCUGACGUGGAACAACAAACCACCAGCAGGAAGGUCUUCUGGCAUGAGGUAGACCAGGCUGUGAUCCUCUUGGUGCUCCAAUUGAUGGUGGGGUUGUGUAGUCUGAGCCAGGGCAAUCCCAAGACGAUCCGGUGAAGGGGUGACGUGACGAUGUGGAAUGACAGCUCCUCGUGGUGCUCCAGUAGUGUGGGAAUGGAGAUGGGGAGAGUGACGUGCGUAAUGAUGCCUGAUCCAAGGGGUUUAUUGUCCAGUGAGGUGACGUGUAGUGGAGAGGGCAGUGGCACGCUGGACAACCCCCAUUCAGAGACCAGCUCCCUAUCUAUAAGGUUCCCUGCUGAUCCGGAAUCUAUCAUAGCAGUAGAAAUGGAAGAGAAGGAAUAACUAGACACCGUUAUGGGAACUAAAAACAAUGGUUUUGUGAUAGGAGCUGACGUAACACUCACGGAGCGGCGUCGGGAGUCAUAACGCCUAGAUAGGGAGCCACCAGGAGAUCUGUGGUCCGUGGUGGUGUAGGGGGUGCUGCCCACCUCCAUGGGUGAUGACUCGGAAGCAGGGCGCCUUCCAUAGCUCAGAUGGGGUGAGCGUCAAGGCUCCGGGAGGUGUUGGGAACGCGGUCUCUCUCUCAACAUGUCGUCAAGACGGAUGGACGUGGUGAUAAGGGUAUCAAGGUCCAUCUCGUCUUCCCGACAUGUGAGUUCCGUCUUGAUGUCCCCCCGUAAGCCUCUCCUGAAGGCCGUGCGCAGAGCACGCUCAUUCCAGCCGGAAGACACCGCCACCGUGUGAAAGCUCAGAGCGUACUCAGACGCGGGCCCCUCUCUCUGUUGUAGAUGGAGGAGACACUCACCCCCAUCCUUUCCCUCCGUGAGAUGAUCAAACACUGCCCUGAACCGAGCGAGGAAGGUGGGGUAGGGUAGUGCCACUGCCUCCUCUCCUUCCCAGACUACCGUGGCCCAAUCCAGCGCCUUUCUUUUAAGUAGUGAAAUCACCAGCGCUAUCCUGGCUUGGUCAGAUGGAUAUGCCCCAGGCUGACAAGCCAGAUAAAGUGAAACCUGUAGCAGGAAGCCGCUACAUUUAGUAGUUUUACCGUCAUAGCGCUCCGGUAGGGCGAGGGUUCCCGCAAAAGUGGGUGAUAGCACGGGAAGAGGUGGAUUGGGGGCACUCGCCGCUCCCUGAGGUGGAACCGGAGCACUGGGCAGAUUAUGCAGAGUUUGGAGCACUUCCUUCAUGGCGGCGUUCAACUGGGCAAGCCGCUGCUGGUAUAGGUCGAGGCACUGGGAAACUCCUGCUGCAUCCAUUUUCGUGAGGUGUGUGAUUCUGUGACGAGUACUGAUAUACGAAGAGGCAGGACGCAGACGCAGGAAUUAACAAGGUCAAGGUUUACUUAACAAAGACAAAGAGAAAUAACAAAGAUAGCGUAAACGACACGAAGCUAAACAAUCACAAAGAACAGUCCAGGGCUAAAUAGGGGUGGUGAUGAGAUGAUGAGGUGCAGGUGCGCUGGAGGUGAUUAGGGUGCGAUUAGGGUGAGUUGGGUUUCCAUUCCGGUGUAGCCGAGGUGGUGCGCUCAGACCGGUGGCUCAGUAGACCGGCGAAUCAGAGCGCCGGAGGGGCGCAACGGGAGGAAACGUUACAGUUGCCAGUCUUCUGUCUGUGUUUUUGUCUUUUUUGUCUUAAAUGGAAUUUGUUCUUAAUUGACUUGCCUGGUUAAAUAAAGGUUAAAUAAAAAAAUCCCUGGAAUACUUGCCUGGGAAUGUCAAGUAUAACUGACAUACAGUGGGGAGAACAAGUAUUUGAUACACUGCCGAUUUUGCAGGUUUUCCUACUUACAAAGCAUGUAGAGGUCUGUAAUUUUUAUCAUAGGUACACUUCAACUGUGAGCGACGGAAUCUAAAACAAAAAUCCAUAAAAUCACAUUGUAUGAUUUUUAAGUAAUUAAUUUGCAUUUUAUUGCAUGACAUAAGUAUUUGAUACAUCAGAAAAGCAGAACUUAAUAUUUGGUACAGAAACCUUUGUUUGCAAUUACAGAGAUCAUACAUUUCCUGUAGGUCUUGACCAGGUUUGCACACACUGCAGCAGGGAUUUUGGCCCACUCCUCCAUACAGACCUUCUCCAGAUCCUUCAGGUUUCGGGGCUGUCGCUGGGCAAUACGGACUUUCAGCUCCCUCCAAAGAUUUUUUAUUGGGUUCAGGUCUGGAGACUGGCUAGGCCACUCCAGGACCUUGAGAUGCUUCUUACGGAGCCACUCCUUAGUUGCCCUGGCUGUGUGUUUUGGGUCGUUGUCAUGCUGGAAGACCCAGCCACGACCCAUCUUCGAUAAUCUUACUGAGGGAAGGAGGUUGUUGGCCAAGAUCUCGCGAUAGAUGGCCCCAUCCAUCCUCCCCUCAAUACGGUGCAGUCGUCCUGUCCCCUUUGCAGAAAACCAUCCCCAAAGAAUGAUGUUUCCACCUCCAUGCUUCACGGUUGGGAUGGUGUUCUUGGGGUUGUACUCAUCCUUCUUCUUCCUCCAAACACGGCGAGUGGAGUUUUGACCAAAAAGCUAUAUUUUUGUCUCAUCAGACCACAUGACCUUCUCCCAUUCCUCCUCUGGAUCAUCCAGAUGGUCAUUGGAAAACUUCAGACGGGCCUGAACAUGCGCUGGCUUGAGCAGGGGGACCUUGCAUGCGCUGCAGGAUUUUAAUCCAUGAUGGUGUAGUGUGUUACUAAUGGUUUUCUUUGAGACUGUGGUCCCAGCUCUCUUCAGGUCAUUGACCAGGUCCUGCCGUGUAGUUCUGGGCUGAUCCCUCACCUUCCUCAUGAUCAUUGAUGCCCCACGAGGUGAGAUCUUGCAUGGAGCCCCAGACCGAGGGUGAUUGACCAUCAUCUUGAACUUCUUCCAUUAUCUAAUAAUUGCGCCAACAGUUGUUGCCUUCUCACCAAGCUGCUUGCCUAUUGUCCUGUAGCCCAUCCCAGCCUUGUGCAGGUCUACAAUUUUAUCCCUGAUGUCCUUACACAGCUCUCUGGUCUUGGCCAUUGUGGAGAGGUUGGAGUCUGUUUGAUUGAGUGUGUGGACAGGUGUCUUUUAUACAGGUAAUGAGUUCAAACAGGUGCAGUUAAUACAGGUAAUGAGUGGAGAACAGGAGGGCUUCUUAAAGAAAAACGAACAGGUCUGUGAGAGCCGGAAUUCUUACUGGUUGGUAGGGGAUCAAUUACUUAUGUCAUGCAAUAAAAUGCAAAUUAAUUACUUAAAAAUCAUACAAUGUGAUUUUAUGGAUUUUUGUUUUAGAUUCCGUCGCUCACAGUUGAAGUGUACCUAUGAUAAAAAUUACAGACCUCUACAUGCUUUGUAAGUAGGAAAACCUGCAAAAUCGGCAGUGUAUCAAAUACUUGUUCUCCCCACUGUAUAUUACUCAAUAGAGCCCUCCAGGCCAAACCGAACAGGGCCUUCGGGAUGUCUGUCAUCACAGAUACAUACAGCGUAGGGGGUCUACACAUUACAGCCUGUGACUGUUCAGUCUCUUUAGUGUGAGAGAUAUUUGGAUACAUCUUCAAGUUUAGAGGAGUUUAGUUUUUCUAUCUUUUUGUCUCAUAAUACACAGUGUACCUAUUGUUUUCUGUGUCCUGUAGUGGAGAAAUAAAAACAUUAUCACGGCCAGAUAGACCUUAAUAAUGCCUCUGUGUCUCCGACAAUGUUUUAAUCCUUCACUCUGUUUCUCCACAAUGGGACAUAUAAUACAAUGGUUACAAAAUGCUAGUUUCCAAACAGAGUGAAAGAUAAAGACAUUGUCACAGACAGAUAGCCCUUGAUUGCUGAUGCCUUUGUGUCCGUCCCUGCUAAGGUCAAAGGUAUAGGCCCAGACCACUCAGUCUAAUUGCUAACUGCUUGUCUGUCCGAUGCAGACAUUUGGGCAAUUGGCUGCAUCUUUGCGGAGCUGCUGACAUCGGAGCCCAUCUUCCACUGUCGCCAGGAGGACAUUAAGACCAGUAACCCUUUCCACCACGACCAGCUGGACAGGAUAUUCAGUGUCAUGGGCUUCCCAGCAGGUCUGACCAGCACGCACACACACACACACACAUUAAUGAUAAGACCAUGUGAAACGCGCAGUAAAAGCCCAGUUACAUUCUCACGGUCAUGAAAGUCAUGACGUAUACUAUGUCAUCAUCAACCUUGUCCUCCUUGUCAUGUGCUUGUUGUCAUAGCUACAAUAUGUACAUUAGAUUACAUUAUCCUCUGAAAGCAGUUAUAGUGGGGUUAAAGUGACUGAUUUUUUUCUGUCUGUUUGAAUUGGUCAGAUAAAGAUUGGGAAGACAUCAGGAAGAUGCCAGAGUACCCCACCCUUCAGAAAGACUUCAGGAGAACGACGUGAGUGGAUAAAGCUUGACAUUCUGACCAUACCUGGGCUUUCUUGGCUGUCAAAAGAUACCUGAACCUUUUACACACAUCUAACAUCACAUUUCAACCUUCUCUCUCAGGCUGACAGCAUUUUGAGACUAUUCACUUGCUUUAAGAUGUCAGUUUUUUCCUUUGCUGUGCUUCACCCAUUCACAGGUAUGCAAAUAGCAGCCUAAUCAAAUACAUGGAGAAACAUAAAGUCAAACCUGACAGCAAGGUUUUCCUGUUGGUAAGCACACCUUCUAGUAACCAUUAGAUGCUUGAACUUAAGUGCCAGUUUAUGAAGGGCAUGCUACAGUAUCUACUCAACCACACCAUAGGGUGAUUUAUACUGGAGAAUAUAAGAUAACAAGGCCCAAUCUAGAUAUUAGUGCUGUAAAACCAAUAAGCCUGGGCUGGCUGAUUGGGUUUGCUUGGCACCACUAACCCAGUGUUCAUUAACCACCUUUCAGCUCCAGAAACUCCUCACAAUGGACCCCACCAAAAGGAUUACGUCUGAACAGGCACUGCAGGACCCAUAUUUCCUGGAGGACCCCUUACCAACCUCAGAGUGAGAGCUACUGAACUUCAUUUUCCAAACACAGUCAUGAUCAUAGCCAUCCUCUCCACACAUUCACCAUGAUAAAUCUGUCUGAUAAACUAACAGUGGAGAUUGUUGAUUCAGUUAACUAAAAACAGCCCACUUCCAAUUUAAUUUUAUAGUCAUAGUCUGGUAUUUGAAUUUCUAGUUUACUGUUAUUAUCUUGAGUGUCCUGGUUGCGUUUUGGUUUCUUGACAUAGAUAGAUCAAGAAUAAUUGGUCUUUGUAUGCACCACACUCAGUCUGUUUUUUUUCUGAUUGUGUGUAUCCCUCGUCUCAUUCUCUCCUGUAGUGUAUUUGCCGGAUGUCAGAUACCUUACCCAAAACGAGAGUUUCUAAAUGAAGACGAGCCAGAUGAGAAAACAGAGAAGGUAAAUAGAGGUGAAAUGCUUUGGGCUAUAGACUAAGAGUGUAAUACGGGGAUAUGCAUCGAAAACCCCCCACAAUUCUGAGCCUUCUUUCUCCAUAUGCUUUUAUUAACAACUGUCAUCGUGCUGUCUGAAUUGACCCAAAACACCUUAAUAAAUAGACCCAAAACACCUUAAGAAAUAGACCCAAAACAACUUAAUAAAUAGACCCAAAACACCUUAAUAAAUAUACCUAAAACACCUUAAGAAAUAGACCCAAAACACCUUAAGAAAUAAACCCUAAACCUUAAUAGAAACAGUAUCACAUGGCUCAGUAAUGGAAUGUCAGCCCAGCAGAAGGGGUUUCAUAAGGUUAUUGAAAGGGUAAGGGUCCAUUGAAAAUGAGCAGUCUGGCCUAGGGUGGUCUGAGCCGCUGCCUCCGGAUCACAUAUACCGCUGCAGCAUGGAUUCGAAUCCGGCCCCAUCUUUACUGUAUACCUCUGUCCUAUCCAAUAAACAGAAAAUAUGUGAGGAGUGGGACUGCCCCAAUCCUUUAAAAUAAGGGAGAAAGAAACAAUCUGUCAGAAGAGAGAAAUACAUACCAGGGGAUAAUAAGGAUUAAGGACAAGCUGCACAACAGCAGCAGCUGCAGCCAGCCCCACAGGUCCAAUCACCUCUGGAGGUGAACGUCACUCAAGUUAGCCCGUCCCCUGAUAGCACAUAGGCUAAACAAAGAAUAUAAAGUUUGUCAGGUGGUGGCCUUUAGUUCAUGGGACACCAUGGAUGAGUGAGAUAUGAAUUUAGAGGGAACCCCAGGCCUUCUCUGUCAUACACUUUAUUCAUAUCUCACUAAGCUCUCGACGCGUAUCUCACUAAGCUCUCAACGCGUAUCUCACUAAGCUCUCGACGCGUAUCUCACUAAGCUCUCGAUGCGUAUCUCACUAAGCUCUCGAUGCGUAUCUCACUAAGCUCUCGACGCGUAUCUCACUAAGCUCUCGAUGCGUAUCUCACUAAGCUCUCGAUGCGUAUCUCACUAAGCUCUCGACGCGUAUCUCACUAAGCUCUCAAUGCGUAUCUCACUAAGCUCUCGACGCGUAUCUCACUAAGCUCUCGAUGCGUAUCUCACUAAGCUCUCGACGCAUAUCUCACUAAGCUCUCGACGCGUAUCUCACUAAGCUCUCGACGCGUAUCUCACUAAGCUCUCGACGCGUAUCUCACUAAGCUCUCGAUGCGUAUCUCACUAAGCUCUCGACGCGUAUCUCACUAAGCUCUCGAUGCGUAUCUCACUAAGCUCUCGACGCGUAUCUCACUAAGCUCUCGACGCGUAUCUCACUAAGCUCUCGACGCGUAUCUCACUAAGCUCUCGAUGCGUAUCUCACUAAGCUCUCGACGCGUAUCUCACUAAGCUCUCGAUGCGUAUCUCACUUGAGGUAAAGAUCACUAACGUGGAGCCUUUCCCCUGAUAGCAGAUAGGCUACAGGAGGCUUUAUUUGGACCAUAGUGUUACUGAUCAUGUAGGCUGGCUGGUAUCAAACACCAUGUUGUGAAUAUACCAGACCCUAUUGAAAGCAGGUGCUUGUAUGAUACCGAGCCAAAUCAGUGUGGGUAAAGGGGAGUGUAUGCAUGUGCUACAGCCAGAGAAAUACCAGUCCUCUUCUUUCUGCGAAUCCCCGGCCCUGCAUCAGACUGGCAGCUGUUGUCAAGUAGGCAACACCUGAUACAAGUGUUGCCUCAGAGCAGCCGUCAGGAAGGCUGCAGGGCCUCUGUGCCAACCAGGGCCCAUAGCGUAUGAGAGGGACUCAUUGUUUUAGCUGACCCUAAUGUUCACGUGUCUCAGCCUCGUGGUUUUGGAGAUGUUGAGAAGUGGUAAGCUGGGCUGAAGGCUCAGAGCGUAAUUCUUGUAAAUCAUUUCAGCCCACUGUUUAUCAGGCCCAAACAAACACCACAAUACUGGGAACAUACUUCCCAGUUCCCAAAUACUGGAAACAGUGACCAUGAUUGAUCAGUGAGCGAUUGUUCAUUUGGCUGUUGUUGAACAGUGAUGUUGUCUUGAUACCAUUUAUUGAGUGAGCAGUUUCCAUAGUGACCUUAUUUACAAUGUGUAUGUAUGGAAUAUGUUUUGUAUGGAUAGGAAACUGUGAGUAUGUUGGUGCAAAAUGGGAGAUUACAACAGAGUUGUACUCCAAGGAAACUGUUAGUAUGUUGGUGCGCAUUGGAAUAUUAUUACAGUCUCCAUCUGUUACUCUGUAUCUGUCCAACUGAACAUGAAUGUGUUUGUCCUCCAUCAGAACCAGGCCCAACAGCACCAGCAGACGACAGCCCAGGCCCAGCAGCAGAGUGGCACCCAGCAGGCUUCUAACCAGCAGAGUUCUACCCAGACCAACGGCAACGCAGGGGCCACUGGAGCCAAUGCCGGGGGAGGCCUCCAGCACGGCCAGGACCAGGGGCCCCCGAACAAGAAAUCUCGCAUCGGGCCCUCGGGAGCCUCCUCAGGCACUGGGGUCCACCAGGUUCAGGUUUUUACGGCCUUACACACAUCCAUAGUAUUACUGUCCGUUUUUAAUUAA